GAGACUCGAGGAAUAGGGCGAGAUGGAAAAAGAGGGAGAAAGAGGGAAGAGACUGUUCAGACCCAUGCAUGGGAUAUGGGAGACACACACGGGAAGAGAGAUAUAGGGUUUGGGGGCAAGAUGGAGCCAGACUGGGAGGGGAGAAGAGGACUGAAGGUACCAGCGGUAGAGAAAUCUCUACAACGAAGGUGAAACGACCACAGAAAAGAUGUGGCGAAUAACACUGCUAUGAAGCGUUACAAAUACUUCUUCAAGACCCUGCUUUCAGUUCUUCGGGGGUACGUACACAGGAGUAGAAAUGCUGGCUCCUCUGAAAACCCUUCCCAGAGCCUCUCCCCAGUCAUGGACAGCCCCAGUCUUCGAGAGCUCCAACAGCCUCUGCUGGCAGGUGUGGGCUGUGGGCCCCCCAUCCAGAAGCCUGGUGAGCCCCAGCUGGGGCCUCCCUUUGGAGAGACAGCCUUUGCAGAGUCCCUGAGGGGUUGGCAGCUCCUCCCACCACCUCUUCCCACUGUGAGCGCUGGCCUUGGGGAGCCAGGGCCCCCUGACCUUGAGGAUGCAUCAUCCAGUGACAGCGACUCGGACUGGGAUGGGGGCAGCCUUCUCUCCCCGCUCCUACCCCACGACCACCUUGGCUUGGCCGUCUUCUCCAUGCUCUGCUGUUUCUGGCCUGUGGGCAUCGCUGCCUUCUGCCUGGCCCAGAAGACCAACAAGGCUUGGGCCAAGGGGGACGUCCAGGGGGCAGGGGCUGCCUCCCGCCGCGCCUUCCUGCUGGGGGUCCUCGCCGUCGGGCUGGGCGUGUGCACAUAUGCGGCCGCCCUGGUGACCCUGGCCGCCUACCUGGCCUCCCGAGAGCCGCCCUAGUUGCCCGCGCGGCCCUCACUGUGAAUCAGGGGCCGGCACCGGGCGCGUCGGCGGGCAACGUGGAGAAUCCGGGUGGAUGAGGCGGCGGCAGCAGCGGCCACCGCCUCCUUCCUGGCCGCCACAACGAGAUUAAACUCCAGACACUCUCGCAGCCAAACCUGUGUCUGUGUGUGUAUGUGUGCGAGGGUGCGGAGACCAGGAAGGGGCAGGCUGUCCCCAGGGUGCUCCGUGACAACUCGGAGCUGGAG